UAAUAUGAAGAGCCUUUUUGUGCCCCCAGAGUCUUCUACGAAUCUAUGGCCGGCAGACUCUGUGCUUGACAAGAACAGUAAAGAAACAGCUGAAGCCUCUAGAACCAAACCCGGAGGCUCCCAAUCUGGCGUGGAGCUUUUGGAGAAGAAGAUAUGGGCAACUGCAAAGGCCAUUUUCCACAGCCUAAAGACAAAGAUAAGAAGUUACUUAAUAAUGGAAAGGUGUGCCAAAGCAACGACCGCUCAAGCCAAAGAAACACUUGGCCAUAUUCUGGUUUCCAUUUAUGAUGUACUCUCUAAUUCUGACCAAAUGUCCGCAGCAGACCUUUCACAAAUAGAUAAUCUGAUUGCAACUAUGCUGGACAACAUUUACUAUAUGAGCAGUAGUUGUGGUGAGGAAGUGAUCUCCCGAGACCAACAGCGGCCACUUUCCACUUUAUCGUCUUCAUCAGCCAAUUCGACGAUAUCUUCCAAAUCAAAGUCAUCCGUCAGAUACUUUGACUCAGAGUGGGAAUUUUCACUCCCUGGCACUCCCACCCUUUUUGAUGUCCCAGAGGUUGUCACUCCACCUAUUGUGAGAAGUUCAGUCAUUGACAUGAGCAAACCCACUAAGGCACAGAUAUCGACAUGUGAUGCCAGGAAAUCCAUGUAUGCUUUAGCAGAUAGCAUCAUGAAGGUGGUGUAUCCUGAGGGAAAAGGGCAGGUUAUGUCUCACUCGGAUCUGGCAGCUGCAAUGCUUAGACUGGAGGUUCUCAUAUCUCAGGGGAGGGUUGGUGCUCUCUCACGUGAUCUGACUCACCAAAUAAACAGCAUAAUUUCUGACAGCAACUUGUCCCCUCUGGUUCUCACUGUGACGGCUGGAAAGAGAGCUUCUGAUACGGCUCUUGAUAAACUAAAAGACACAAAGGUGGGGAAGCCCACUUGUUACGAGUUAGUCCAUCUGUUUGCAGAGGAGUCUGUGAAAUGCCUCCUGCUACCUAGCCUUUUGCCUUCGUAUUCAAAGAUGGGUCUGGCUCAGGGUGUCAGUGUGCCGGCAACUGUGUCUGAAGAUAGGAGCUCUUGCUCCUCCGGUUCAUCAGAAUUAAUUGAUAUAGUCAACCUGUUUACAAAUGUAUUGGUGAGCCAGGUCAUGGAGUCUGUGGUUUUUGAUGCCCCAAGCAGAGCAUCAUCUCCAACUGAAAGGCUAAAGACCACUGUGGCACAAGGCUUUGGGAACAGCAUGGCUGGAGAGAAAGAGAAUGCAAACCGUUGUUCUGAUGUUGCUCACAACAUUGAGUGUGGUCGUCUGUCAGCCAGCCCAAAUGCUUUGCCUCUAACCCCAUCCUCUGAUCACUUAGACAGUGAUGACUUCACCAGCCUCAUCAGCAUGCUGGUGGUGAGACUUCUGACAAAGAUUCAUUCCAAAACAGAUCUGCACUCAGUUGACAUUGCAGGCAGAUCACAGCAGCUGAUCCCGAAGGUCAUGGCCGCCUUCUGUGCAAUGUCGGGCUACUCUGAGACCCAAGCUUAUCCGGAAAAGCUGAAUAUUUGUAAAGUAUACAGGGCAGUGUACAAACAUAUUUUGGAGGAGACUGGAUCAGAGAAAAUCCUGCAAAUGGCUAUGUCAACUCAGGACUCACAAUUUGAGAGGAUUCUUGUCAAGUCCUUGAGUAAAGAGCUUUUUGACUGCUGCAAUCAGGCAACUAGGGCCUCCUCUAGAACAUUGUUCGAAGCCACAGGACCUGAGACUCUUCCUCUGGUUGAGGAUGUGAAGGCCAACAAAGUGAAGUUCUCCUUCCUACAUAAGUUUGUCAGAGUGGUCAAUCCCUCAAAGAAGAACAAAAAGGAUUGCACGAAGACCUGCGACCUCACCAAAUCUAAAGACCUGACUACUGCCGAGGACAUCUUGGUGUCCAGCAUAAAUUCACAUGCUGCUACAUCUGCUGCCUUGGUAACUCCAGAGGAUCAUGUGACUUCAUCUGAAAAGGAGAAGCCCUUUGUUAGGAGGAUGUUUGCAGCAAUCUCCAAAUUCAUGUCCAGGCCUUUCACGUGCUUCUCAAAGAGGAAGUAAGCUAGCCCACUAUUU